AUGGCUGCUUGCAUUAAUCUUGAAGAGGCACUUAAGAGCGGAGAGCACACAGAUAUUGAUGGAGCUGAAUUGUGUUGCGAGCUAAUUUUCGUACAGGAUUCACUUCAAAAAUCUAUGGGCCCUCUUGAUAUUCUGAAUUAUUUGAAGAACCGCUCCUUAAUCUAUCCUAAUGCUGUUAUUGCAUACAUAAUUUUGUUGACCAUUCCUGUGACAGUUGCAUCCGCAGAAAGGAGCUUUCCUAAACUCAAGUUGUUGAAGUCCUACUUGUGUUCUACUAUGACACAAGAAAGACUCACUGGGUUGGCGACAAUAGCACCUGAAAAUGAUGUCCUAGAAAAGAUUAAGUAUGAAGAUAUGAUUGAAGAUUUCAUUUCAAGGAAUACUAGAUGA